AUGGCCUAUCUCAUCACUGUGGCCCUGUACCAUCGCGAUCAGUUCUCUCGCGGAGACUCACGUCGCAUAUUCGGCCACGAGGCUUACCAUUGGGGUUUCGUCAUCACACCACCGCUCGAGGCAACAAGCCAGGGGCCAUCGCCAUCGCCAUCUCUAGACAGCUCUUUCGAUGCCACCGACACGGCGGAGAUUGACCCCGUCACCUUUCGCAUGAACAACCCCACCAUGGACUGGUGGCUCCGAGCCGAGGAGAGGAUUGACAGCGAAGCUAAUCCCAAGCUCCUGGGCCGUGUCGUCGUCGGGAAGAUCCCGGAGGAAGAUGGCUCCAUGCCAGAUGCCGCCGAGCUCAGGGCCUUCUUCGGAGCGGUCCCCCUGCCUGUCAAGAACACGCAUCCCCAGCAGAGCUGCGUGACGUGGAUUAUGGACGCGAUCCGCGCGCUGCAGAGAAGAGGAUGGGUGGAAGAGUUCGACAUCGAGCAGUUCAAGGACUGGGCGCUGCGUUAUGCCGAUGAGAGGUUGAGGGGGUCAGGGUCCAAGAUGAUAUACUAUACGCCUUGA